UGCGCGCGUGUGGGGCGCAGGCUCGGCGGCGGCGGCGGCGGCAGCGGCGGCGGCAGCGGCGGCGGCGGCGGCGGCUCAGCCUGAGGCGGUAGCGGCCCGUCUGGAGCGGCCGCUGCGAGGACGCCAGCUGCAGCGGGAGAGGUGCAACCGGCGCGGCGCGCUCCGUGUGGCCGGCGGGGGCCGGGAACAGGUGAUCCCAGCGGGUCGCCGAGCCCUAGCGAGUUGGCGGGGCGGGAGUCCGCACUCCCGGGCGCAGCUGCAGCCGCCCCGCCGCGCCUGGUCGCGGACGGCGGACUGCGCCCGGCGCCGGACCGCGCGGCUCGGGCGACCCUCGGCUCCCGGGGGGGCCCAGGAAGCCCCCUGCCCAGCGGACUCAGAAGUGCCCGCUCGCACUGCCCGGCGCCCGCUCCGCGGCGGAGCAAAGUUGUGGACGUGUCCCGAUAGCCGAGCCGGGCGCUGUCACGACCCGGCCCGGGUCGGCGCGCUCUCGCAGCGGCGCUGACAGGCCAGCCCCGCCGCCACCGCCUCGCCCCCUGAGCCGACCCCUUCUGGAAACUGCUUCUGGGGCUGAAACUUUGGGCCGAGGGGCUGCGGGCGGCGCGGCGCGGGGACGAGGCCUGCGGGCGCCCCUCGGCGCGGACAGCCUGGGCGCCGCGGACGGCAUGUGACGGCCCCGGCGGCGGCCGCAGCGCGGGAAGGAGCGGGCCCCGCGGGCUCCGGCCCUUGCGAGGAGGGGCUGCGCGGCGGCCGGAGAGAAGGCUGUGGCCCGCGGCCGACCCUUGCGGGCCCGGGCCCCGAGCCGUGUCGCCCGGCGCGCCCGGGCCCCGCCGAGGCCCCUUGCGCCCCUGCCCCGGCGUGGGGGGACUCGCCCCGAACUCUCGGAACUUCAGCGGCAGCCCCCGGAGCGGCGAGACUCUCAGGGACCCCCACUCCGGGCGGCGCCCCUCGACGACCUCCGCGCGCCGGACCCCCUGCCGGCCAGUGCCUGCCCUCCGAGGGCCUGGGGGGCCCGGCCGGAGCUGACCGGCCCCAGCCCCGCGCCAGGCCACGAUGCUCAUGAGGAAGGUGCCCGUCUUCGUGCCGGCCUCCCCGUGGGGGCUGCGGCUGCCGCAGAAGUUCCUCUUCCUUCUCUUCCUCUCGGGCCUCGUCACCCUGUGUUUCGGGGCGCUCUUCCUGCUGCCCAACUCCUCUCGCCUCAAGCGCCUCUUCCUGGCCCCCCGGACCCAGCAGCCCGGCCUGGAGGUAGUGGCCGAAGUCGCCGGCCACCCCCUGGUCCGCGAGCAGGAGUCGCCUCCCAACCCGGCCCCCGCCGUGCCGGCCCCGGGUGAGGACGACGCCAGCAGCCAAGCCAGUGCCCGCCGCCGGAAAGGAUGGCUGCGGCGCACGCACCCCACCGGGACGCGCGAAAUGGCCACGGCGGCCCGGAGCAGUGGCAGCUCGGCCCUGCGGCCCCAGGGGGCCACGGCCCCGCGACCCCAGGGGGCCACGGCGGCCCGGAGCAGCGGCAGCGCGCCCCUGCGACCCCAGGAGCCGAGCAUCCCGUUCAGCUUUGACUUCCAUGCGUUCCGGAGCCGCCUCCGCCACCCGGUCCUGGGGACUAGGGCGGAUGAGAGCAAGGAGCCCCAGAGCCUGGUUCGAGCCCAGCGGGAGAAAAUCAAGGAGAUGAUGCAGUUCGCCUGGCAGAGCUACAAGCGUUAUGCGAUGGGGAAAAACGAGCUCCGGCCACUCACGAAAGACGGCUACGAGGGCAACAUGUUCGGAGGCCUCAGCGGGGCAACUAUCAUCGACUCCCUCGACACCCUCUACCUCAUGGAGCUGCAGGAGGAGUUCCAGGAGGCCAAGGCUUGGGUUGAAGAGAACUUCCACCUGAACGUGAGUGGAGAAGCAUCCUUGUUUGAGGUGAACAUCCGGUACAUCGGGGGACUCCUCUCAGCCUUCUACCUGACGGGAGAAGAGGUGUUCCGGAUCAAGGCCAUCAAGCUGGGAGAGAAACUGCUGCCCGCCUUCAACACCCCCACGGGGAUCCCCAAAGGUGUUGUGAACUUCAAAAGCAGCUCCAUCAGGAGCUGGGGCUGGGCCAUGGCAGGCAGCAGCAGCGUCCUGGCGGAGUUCGGGUCCCUGCACUUGGAGUUCCUGCACCUCACCGAGCUCUCUGGCAACCAGGUGUUCGCAGAAAAGGUCAGGAACAUCCGAAAGGUCCUCAGGAAGAUUGACAAGCCCUUCGGCCUCUACCCCAACUUCCUCAGCCCAGUGAGUGGGAACUGGAUGCAACACCACGUCUCGGUUGGAGGACUUGGGGACAGCUUUUAUGAAUAUUUGAUCAAAUCCUGGUUGAUGUCAGCCAAGACAGAUGUGGAGGCUAAAGAUAUGUACUACGAAGCCUUGGAGGCCAUAGAGACCCACUUGCUGAAUGUCUCUCCUGGGGGGCUGACCUACAUCGCCGAGUGGCGAGGGGGCGUUCUGGACCACAAGAUGGGGCACCUGGCCUGUUUCUCCGGGGGCAUGAUCGCCCUCGGCGCUGAGGAUGCCAAGGAAGAAAAGAGGGCCCGCUACCGAGAGCUCGCAGCCCAGAUCACCAAGACGUGCCACGAAUCGUACGCCCGCUCAGAUACCAAACUGGGGCCUGAGGCCUUCUGGUUUAACUCCGGCCGAGAGGCGGUGGCCACACAGCUGAGCGAGAGCUACUAUAUCCUGCGGCCUGAGGUGGUGGAGAGCUACAUGUACCUGUGGCGGCAGACCCACGACCCCAUCUACAGGGAGUGGGGCUGGGAAGUGGUGACGGCCUUGGAGAAGUACUGUCGGACGGAAGCUGGCUUCUCCGGGAUCCAGGAUGUGUACAGUAGCAUUCCCAGCCACGACAACAAGCAGCAGACUUUCUUUCUAGCCGAGACACUAAAGUACCUCUAUCUUCUGUUCUCUGAAGAUGACAUGCUCUCCCUGGAAGACUGGGUGUUCAACACGGAGGCCCACCCCCUCCCCGUGAACCACUCGGACAGCCCCGGCAGGGUUGGGGGCCAACUCUGACCCCGCCUCCCUUGCCGCUCUUGGGGCCCAGAGGGUCGCCUUGCCUUUUCGGGAUUUGGGACUGUUCUCAAAGGGAUUGGGAAUGCAGGCCCCAUUCCGGGCAGACCCAGGGCACAUGUGUCGGACAAGCAACUUCUUUUCCUCUGUGAGGAGACAGGACUCGGAGACGCAGCAAAUGUCACACCAGUUUCCUUCCUAUGGAGAAUUUCUAUGAAACCCACUCACCUGCCAUAUUCCAGGGCCCAAUGACUGGAGGUUUGCCGAUUGUCCCCAUGCAUUUGAUUCACUUCCUUUCAUUUGGGGAAGGUUUUUUUAUUUGUUUGUUUUGCUUGAUUUUGCCUUUUCUCUGCAGUUGUGUUUUAUCACAGAUUACCUAGUUUCGAAAUCAUGUGCUUUCAAAAGCAGUAUCAUCCUGAUAAACUGAACCUUAAAGUGUUUGCACACACAAACCUUGACCCCAUUUUCUAUAUUUUAAAUGCCUUCUGCCCAACAUUUACUAUUCGUUCAACUAUGUGGCAUUUACCUUUAUCAUUUGAGGAGGCGCUGCCUUUUGAUUUGGGCCUAAAUGUUAACAAAUCACUAGUGCUAUUUUCAUUAUGGUAAUGGAAAAAUCUGUAAACUUACAAUAAAAGAGUUUAUUGAAUAAGAAA